GGCCACGCCCAUGUUAAUUAAAAAUGAAUGAUAAUUAGGUAUGAGUUAAAAUGGUUCAAGUAACUAAAGGAGUUUUGCUUAAAUGCAGUGACACUGCAAUUAAAGAAUUCAUCAGAUAUCUCGACGAGAAGCAGCUACUUGGGAAACGGUUCAUAAUCAAAGACCUUGACGAUCAUCAUCUAUUCAUAUCAGAAGGUGUGGCUAACCAUCUCCAGGGACAGUUAGAUGAUUUGAUGCUUAGAAACUCUUACUCAGAAUUCAGCACUACAGACUAAUAAUGAAAACAAUAAUUAAUUUAUGAUGUAAUCAUUGAUGAAACCAUUUCAUGUUAUCAGCAAUCUGUUCUGUAAUGAUUGUAUCUUAUGACCUGUACUAAUCAUUGCAUCAUUGCUUAUCAGUCAGACUGACUAGUGUGUA